UCAAUUGCACUUAUUGUUGGAUGGUUAUGUCCUUGUAAACUGACCCAAUAUCAUCAUGAUCUGGAUUCUUCUCAACUCCAACGGCAUUUCCCCCAUUUCUACCUGCAAUGCCGGCACAGAUGUUGUUUUAAAGACCCCACUACAUAUUCGCAGUUCAACUGAACGAGCCUAAUGAGACGCAGCAGGUUGAGCAUCUCAGGGCAGAGCUCGCGCUCAUUCUCCCUUACGGACACUCCAUACUAGACUGUCUCGUGACCGACGCUGGCCAAUCACCGCUAAGACUGCACACGGACGACAACAACAAACAAAUGCAUUAGACCGAAGCUGAAAUUCAAAUAUUAUGUUUUUCGACCUACAUUUAAUUAAGUGUUUGACUGAGUCACGCGGAACCAAUAACGUGCACCCCGCCGUUUAGUGCCGUCGGUCGUAAAACAUCCGUUACUGGCCGGUGACGGUACCGUUCGCUGUUAACGCUUCACACAGAACGCUCGAGGUCUCAGGAACGUCGGUUAAUGCGCGGAACCCUUUUAUCUUUCCGCUAACGCUAGCAGCUCAGUGGUCCGUCUGAACACAGCGAUGGACGCUCUAACAUGCUAGCACCAUGUUCAAAAAUGUGUUUGGCUCUGGGUUCCUGGUUAGAACAGCUCAUGUGAUUUUGACAUGGGUCAUAACGUUAAUACUCUUCCUACAUGAUACAGAGCUGAGGCAGCAGGAGGAGACGGGCCAGCUCGUGCAGCCGGUGUUCUUCGUGCUGCUGGUGCUGUUGUCGGUGUUGCUCUAUUUCGCCGUUUCUCUGAUGGACCCAGGCUUCAUCCUGUCUGAUGACAGUGAUCUACAUUUCACGCUGGGAGUGACGGAGGAGCAGCAGGACAUGAUCCCCCCCACCACCAAGUCCCUGCGACAGCGCCGCUGUGGCCACUGUCUGCUGCAGCAGCCAAUGAGAUCAAAGCACUGCCAGACGUGUCAGCACUGUGUCCGGCGGUACGACCACCACUGCCCCUGGAUCGAGAACUGCGUUGGCGAGAGGAACCACCGCUGGUUUGUGCUUUACCUGGCCAUCCAGCUGCUGGUGCUGCUCUGGGGGCUGCACAUUGCCUGGACGGGUUUCAGGUACGCACCCAGCUGGCAGCUGUGGCUGCGUACCAACGGCAUGCUGCUGACCGUGGUCGUGCUGGUGGCUCUGCUCUCGCUGAUCGUGCUGCUCCUGCUCGGCUCCCACCUCUACCUGGUGUCUCUCAACACCACCACCUGGGAGUUCAUGUCGCGCCAUCGCAUCUCCUACCUAAAACACUGCGGCGCUGAUGAAAACCCCUUCGACCGGGGCACCUUCAACAACCUGUGGGGUUUCUUCUGCGUGUGGGGCACAGUGGUGUGGGAACAGGUGUACUUCAGGGAGGGCAGCGACCAGGUCUAGGAUUACAUGACAUUCAAAGACUGAAAGGGAUUUCACUCAGAUGUAACCUCUCUAGUUUUUGGGACCAGACACUUAACUGCAAAGUUGGGAGAUGAAUUAUGCUUUUGUGCAGUUUACCUUUAUGAAGACACUUGUGUUGUUGUCCCACAUUUACCGUCUUUAACAUCUCUCCUCCCAGUGGUCCACACUUCCUGUUUUUCACAGAAGUGGCUGUCAACAGGUUACCAGCAUUAAAGCCCUUAUUCUAACAUUCGUUUACAGCCAUUGAAGGAUACAGAAGCAUUUCAGGCCCUUCACUGUCUCAUGUGAAGGCCGAGUGAAGCUCGUCGUAAAGCCUUGGUCUUUAUGCUCCCACAUCCUACCUGACCGCUCCUAUGUACUCCACGCAAUCAUUUCUGUGAGCAAUGAACAUUGUACACCCGACUGUUAAAUACUUUUAAAGUUUACUUUUAAUACAUGUUAAUUAUUGCAUAAACAUUUGAUAAAAAAAAAAUCCUUGUUUUAUGUGCAUGUGUAGACAAUCCAGAUGUGUGGUUGCUCUGUUCACUCACUGCAGACAGGUCCAAUGAGUUCUACUGUAGAAGCGUCAUGCUGUCAUGCUGCUCUUGUUUCAUGCGACCGAUUACUGUAAGUGCUGAGUGGUAUUUAUUCUGCAGAGGUUUUACAGCUUCCACAUCUUCACUCUUAAAACGGUUAGUUGAAGUUAACAUUUUCAUUUUUUCUUUUCAAACAUCAGAUGACGGUAGCUGUAUUGUUCAUGGCAUUUGUACAGGAAGCUUUGACUUUCAAUGGACAGCAUUUCAAGCUAUUUUAUAUUGUAUGUCAUUUUGUAACUAUUUUGAACCAGAACAUGUCUCUAGAUUUUUGUAUGACUAUUUGAAUGGAGUACCUGGAGGAGCAGCAGCUCAGCGUUAGAGCAGUGAGUGCAAUAGUUCCCUUGUAACAGCAAUAAAUGUUGAAUUCAAUGUACAGCUGUGGUGCUGGACAACAUGCAGACUGCCUCCAGUUGUAUUAGUCAGUGAGCGCUCUGGUUUUUAUGAAUUAACAUUUAAUUCAUGUUGUGUACUUCUGAAUUAUAUGCAAUACUGUCAUGCAAUGUUUUUACUACUUUAAAAUGACUAUACAUCAAAAAAUAAAUGUUAAUGACGA